AUGUCGGCCACCAAGGUUGUCAUCAUCUUCGGAGCUGGCAAGAGGGUCGGUGCCUCCGUAGCUGCCAAUUUCGCAAGCAUCGGCUACAAAGUCGCCCUUGUGUCGAGGAGCGGUACCGGGGCCAUUAACGAGCAAGGAUAUCUCUCGUUGAAAGCGGACUUCACCGAUCCAGGGACUGUCGCUCCUGCUUUCGAUGCCGUCCAAGCCGAGUUCAACACUCCACCUAACGUUGUCGUCUACAAUGCUGGGGCCCUGUCCUUUCCGACUGACAAGACCUCUGUCCUAUCAGUUCCAGCAGACAAGAUAGCGAGCGACCUCAACAUCAAUACUGUUAGCGCCUACGUCGCUGCUCAAGAGGCCGUCAAACGAUGGGAGACCCUGCCCACAGCAGCCAAAAAGACGUUCAUUUACACGGGUAACGCCUCGAAUGAGAUCCUCGUGCCCAACCCCUUGUGGUUGACCCUUGGCAUGGGUAAGAGUGCCAGUGCCUUCUGGGUCGGACUAUCUGACAAGUUGUACGAGGCCAAGGGCUACCGGUGGGUAAUAUUCUUGCUUCAACGUGAUCUAGCGCUGAUGCAGCCUUCUAGGUUCUUCUACGCCGAUGAGCGCAGGGAAGACGGUACAGUGAAGGGAAACAUCGACGGUCCGUAUCAUGGCGAGUUUUUUGCACACUUGGCAACUCAGGAAGAGAAGCUGCCGUGGCAGGCUACCUUUGUGAAAGACAAAGGUUACGUUUAUUUUGAUCCCAAAUCCGUGAGUGUUAACAAGAUCAUGGAGUUGGCCAAGCCUAUGUUGGAUGCUUGGCUUAAAAACUAG